AUGCUCAAAAAUGUGACACCAAUCCAAGCCACCGAAACCACCGACGAAGACUCAUGGGUAACUACCAGCAGUAGUGAUGACAGCAUUGACGGUAAUUUACCUACAAAAUGGGCUCUGUGGAAGCUUGGCACAGGUGAGAGUUAUAAGGAGAACUUCGUCGAGGGAGAAGCUUUUCUUAGUUACAUUGGAGGCGAUACUCGGACCCAGGCAAUGAAGCGAACCGAAAAGAGUAAGCGAAGACUAGGACUAGCCAGGAAUCGAAGGACCAUAUUUGUACCCAAGCGACCUGAGUUGUAACUGUGGGAUAGUAAGUACGUCCACAAAUGCGCGCACGUUGUCAUUGUGCAUCAUACUGCAUAGCAGGUCAUCAGAAACAAGACCGGAACCGUCAAAAUGUAAGUAUCUGGCGCAUAGCAGAAUAAAACAAAAGUACUUUUCCAGCGAGGAAGAGCUUAUGAAGUUCCCUAUGUGAUGCUUCCCACUUACAGUCGAGACUUUUGUAAUCAGUCACAUAUUUUACACGUAAUGGGGUUCUCAUGGUGACCGUUUAGAUGCGAGUGUGUGCCGCGCUAAAAAUAUUUGAAUAACGGCGCACCUGCGCGGUUAUGCAGAUCAACAGACGGUUACAACGUCACACCAGCUUAGGUCGAGGAUAUACCGAAGGUGUCGUAUAUCACAAGGGCUUGUGCGAGCCCUCAGUGUGAUCGG